GACUACGUGCCUAACAAACUCCUUCAUAUGUACCUACAAGACAAAGAUGUCUUGUCAUCAAAUAUCUUGUGUUCGUUGUCUAUUGACAUCAUCUCAGCCAUCGAGUUUCUCCAGGAUUGCGGCCUCAGUAACAACAGCAUCAACUCUCGAUCGAUCAUUGUCCAUGAGAGUGAGUUCCAGGUCUUUCCUGGAAGAGCUGUAUUGUUUGAUUUCUCAAGAGCAAGCAAAUUGCGAAUUUAUGACGAUGGAUAUUACGCCAAGACAGACAUCAUCCAGUUCAGUCGCCUCCUGAAAAUAUUCCUGAAGGCUCAUGAARACCUAGCAAUGUUUAGACAGGUAGACGAGGUUCUAUCACUUUGUGAUAAACAAAGAUCAAGCUCUACAGCGGCUUUGAUCAAGAGUCUCUUCAUGGAGCUGCAACUGGAAUUACCAGACCACCUGGAAACUACUUGUGUCUAAGAUUACUGAAGAAAAUGCUAUAUCAGUGGAUCGUAUUACUAAAAUUCUAAAAGUUAGGAAUAAUUGAGCAUUUAUUGUUGAACUACCUUGAACUACCAUUGGGCUACAUAUAUUUAGCCUAAAUUAAGUUAGACUUUCGUCUAAUAAUUUUAGGCUUUUUUAAAAAGACAAGAAUUAUUAAAUAUUUAGAGUACGAAGACUAAUAGUCCAUCCCCAGGCACUUUAGGGAAAAAGGAUCAAGAAGAACUUGCAUGCGCAUGCGUUGGAUCAAACACGUGGUGUGACUAGGUGACUAAACUAUGCACACGGUCAUUGUUGUGGUUCCCUCAAAAAUCUAAUGUCUCGUUCUUUAAGAUUAUUUUGUAAACAUAGCUGGUGAUGACUGUUGAUAAUCAUGUCACUCGAAUUGACAAACUGACUCUUUUGAUAAACUACAUAUAMAUUUUUCGUGAUAAAAAAGCUACCUACCAAAUUGCGAAUCCUAAUCAAAAUUUGCUGUAUACCAUUUACUUAAAAAAUGUAUCAUUAUCAAUAUCCCCCUCUCCCCACCUUGAUAAGUAUAAGUAUAAAUCAUAUAGUAUAUAAAUAUAAAAAUUUGAAUAUCUGCAUGUCUGAAAAUAUUAAUAAAUAAUGAUGAUGAGAAAUUAUUUACAAAAUAUUUAUUUACUUUAUUCGAACAAGUCAAUUAAAAAGAUCUUUAGAAAAUUAUUAAAUAUUACUUAAUAAUUUGCUUUGAUUUAGACGUUAGUUUCCC